AUGGCCUCUGAGGUCUGGGGCCGUCUGGUGGACCCGACUCACCUGUGCAUUCCCAGCCUGGCUUCAGGGGCCGCCUUGGGUAUGUGGGUGCCCCCUACACCCCCACAGGAAGGCAGCGUGACCUGUGGCCCCAUGAGGGCAGCUGGGGAGGCCGAGAGCCCUCUGAGGUUGACAAAGGGGCGCCUGGCCGAGCCGGAGCGGGAGGAAGCAGAGGGGGCGCCCAGGUGCAGAGCAGCCAUGGGCGCGGGGGCGGGGACGCUGCUGCUGGCGCUGCUGCUGGCGCGGGGCGCACCCCAGGAGCCGGAAUCGGGCGAAGAGGACUUCCUGCCAGGUCCCAUGAACACGGAGCUGUUCUCAAAGCCCUGCGGCCACCAGGACAUUAAGCCGCUGAUCGUGGGCGGGGGAGAGUCGGUCCGCGGGCGCUGGCCGUGGAUGGCCAGUAUGCGCAGGGAUAGCAUCCCCGUGUGUGGGGGCACCCUGCUGAACCACCGCUGGGUGCUCACAGCUGCGCACUGCUUCAGAAAGACUCAGAACGUGAAGCGGUGGCGAGUGCAGCUGGGGGAGCUGAGUAACAGGCCGCCGUUCUACAACCUCCGCGCCUGGCUCACACGCUUCCGAGUGAGCAAAAUCGUCAUCUACCCUCUGCACCUGGGCACGGCCAACGACGUCGCCCUGGUGGAGCUGGCCUCCCGCGUGACCUACAGCGCCUACAUCCAGCCCAUCUGUGUGCUCUCCUCCACCUUCAUGUUCCUGAACCAGAACAACUGCUGGGCCACUGGCUGGGGCCACAUCGCAGACAACGGCACCGGAAUACCCCCUCCAUACAACCUCCGGGAAGUGAAGCUGGCGGUCAUCAACAACACCUGGUGUAACCACCUCUACACACUGCCCGCCGAGCGCACAGACAGGGCCUCGAUCCACGACAGCUGGAUUUGUGCCGGCAGGGAGGAGGGCGGGGCAGACGCCUGCGGUGGCGACUCAGGUGGACCCUUGGUCUGUGACAGCGAUGGAAUCUGGUACCAGCUUGGAAUCGUGAACUGGGGAGUGGGCUGUGGGCUACGCACCCGGCCCGGUGUCUAUACCAAUGUCAGCCAGUACUUCAAGUGGAUAAAGUUGGUGGCUGGUGCGCCCAAGCUGGACCCCUCCCCUACUCUGCUGCUGCUGGCUCUGCGCUGUGCUUCCGGGGUUCUGUGGGCAGCAUGA